CUAUGGAACAUUGUAAAUCCGAAAAUUCUGCACAUGAGGUGUUACUUUUGUUUUUAAAUUUAUUUGGUGUAUUUUUGUCGUAAAUCUAAUCACUUGUUACUACUUAUUCACCAAAACAAAUCUAGUUUCACUUCACAUCCUCUAUUAUGUUGUCGUGAUACGCAUGUAAUGGAAUAAAAAGAACAUUGUUCUAUGGAUAUAGAAUAUUGGCGAGCAGAAUCUGAGCUCAAUGAACGUCGGUGGGAUGGGGGAGGUAGGCGGCGAGGUGGCGCUCAUCGCCGACGAGCUCAGCCGUGCCGUGGAGCUCACUCUCAACCCGACAGUCUCCCAUGAGGCCCGCAACCAGGCCUAUAAUGCUUGCGAAAGCUUUAAAGAGAGCUCACCAUGGUGUGCUCAAGCUGGUCUAUUGCUGGCAAGUGGACAGUAUUCUGCGGUUGUCAAACACUUUGGUCUGCAACUUAUGGAGCACACAGUGAAGUACCGUUGGACACAGAUCACGCAAGCUGAGAAGAUAUUUAUAAAGGAAAAUGCCAUGAAAUUGCUUUACAUUGGCGGGUGGGAGCCGGGGCACCUGAACGACGCACUCGCGCGGGUCAUCGUGGAGAUGAUCAAGCGCGAGUGGCCGCAGCAAUGGCCGACGUUGCUCGCCGAGCUGAGCGACGCGUGCGCGCGCGGCCACGCGCACACACAGAUCGUGCUGCACGUUUUCCUGCGGCUGGUGGAAGACGUGGCCACGUUGCAGACGCUCGAGCAGCACCAACGGCGCAAGGACAUCUACCAGGCGCUGACGAGCAACAUGGCCGAGAUCUUCGCGUUUUUCAUGCGGCUAAUAGAGUUACACGUGCAGGAGUUCAGAGAACACACCGCCAAAGGCGACUCCAACGCUGCCGCCAGCAACGGCAGGGUUGUGCAGGUGGUCCUGCUGACGCUGACCGGCUUCGUGGAGUGGGUGUCGACGAACCACGUGGUGAUGAACAACGGGCGCCUGCUGCAGAUCCUGUGCGUCCUGCUGCAGGACGAGGCCUUCCAGCUGCCUGCCGCCGAGUGCCUGCUGCAGGUGGUGAACAGGAAAGGAUCGACUAAGGAGCGCAAGCCGCUGAUGAUUCUGUUCAGCGAAGACGCGAUCUCGUGCAUACACCGUGCCGCGGUGGCCAGCGUCAACGUCGCGGACGAAAAAAACUACUUGUUCCUAAAGAAGCUCUCUCAGGUGGUAGCGGGGUUAGGGCAGCAGCUAACGUCCCUGUGGAGCUUCGCCACGGGCGUGGAGUUCUGGAUGCCGGUGCUGCUAGAGAGCAUGCUGCUGCUGACGUCGCACCCCUCGCUGACGCUCACGCACGCCGUCAGCAGCGUGUGGCUGUGCGUGUUCCGGCACGAGCACGCCAGCAAGCUGCCCGCCGUGGCCGCCGUCGUGCCGCGCUGGCUGCACGCCGCCGCGCCCAAGCUGCUCAAGGUGACGUACCCCGCCACCCGCGCGAGCGGCGCGCACGACGCGGCCACGUACGCCUGCAUCGACUACGACAGCGAACAGGAGUUCGCGGUCUUCUUCAACCGCUGCCGCACCGAGAUACUUGACUGCUUUAGGCAUUGCAUGUGCGCGGCGCCGCUGGUGACGUGGGCGUACGUGGAGCAGUGGACGCGCGCCGCGCUGGACAAGGUGGAGUCGUGCCCCGCCGAGCUGGACCACACGCACCCCCUCCACGUGGAGUGGGAGGCCUUGUCGCAGGUGUUAGACGUGGUGCUAUCGCGUCUGGUGCACUGCGAGCCGCGGCCGAGCGUGGUGGAGGGCCUGCAGCUGCUGCAGCGCUGCGUGGCGUGCGCGCCGCCCGCGCCGCUCAUCCUGUCGCUGCUGCUGUCGCUCGUGUCCGCGCUCUUCGUGUUCCUCAGCUGCGCCUGCAGCCAGAUCGCAGGUCCGGGCGUGGGCGUGGCGGGCGCGGAGCUGCUGCCGCGCGUGCUGGACAAGAUCUUCGCGGCGCUGCUCACCGACAACCACACGCCGCCGCCGCGUCGCUCCCGGGCCGUCAAGAACGUGCGCCGCCACGCCGCCAGCCUGCUCGUCAAGCUCGGCUCCAAGUACCCGCUGCUGCUGCUGCCGGUGUUCGGGCGGCUGCACGAGAUGUGCCAGGCGGCGCUGGCGCGGCCCGGGCUUAGCGCCAUGGAGAGCGUCACCAUACAGGAGGCGCUGCUGCUCGUGUCCAACCACUUCUGCUGCUACGAGCGCCAGAGCGCGCUAGUGGCACAGGUGCUGGGCGACGUAAGCUCGCGCUGGGCGGCGCUGGCGCCGCACCUGGCGUCGGCGGCGUCGCUGGCGCGGCUCAUCGGGCUGGACGCCGCGCCGGCCGCCGACGACGAGCGCGGUGAGGCGCGCCGCACGCUGCUGCACGCGCUCACGCUCACGCUCGGCGUCGUCAAGCGCACCACCGUGCCCACCGACCCUGACAAAGCGUCCCGCGGCGGGUUCGGCGCGGGCACGACGCCGAGCGGGAACCCGAUCUGGCGCAACCCUUGCGGCGCGCACGUGCUGCCGCUGUUCCCGCACGCGCUGGCGCUGGCGCGCGCGCUGCACGAGCUGCACGCGCCGGCGCCGGCGCCGGGGCCGGGCGCGCGCGCGCCGCUCGAGGCGCUGCAGCCGCCGCCCGCCGAGCGCCGCCACCUGCUGGGGCUGGCCGACACCGACGCGCCGCCGCCCCAGCCGCACGACCGCAUGCAGGCCUACGUGCACACGCUGCACGACAACGUGUGCCACCUGGUGGGCGCGGCGGCGACGACGCUGGGCCGCGAGCUGUGCGGCGCGCCGGGGCUGGCUCGCGCGCUGCUGGGCUCGGUGCUGGCGGCGCAGCAGCUGCCCGACCACUGGCUGCGGCCCAUCGCACGCCACGCGCUCAAGCCGCUGCUGCUGCACUGCCCGCCCGCGCACUACGCCGACCUGGCGCUACCGCUGCUCGACCACCAUGCGCCGUUCAUGUUAGUACAUUUAUCACAACGAUGGGAAUACAUCGCUUCCCUAUACGAGUCCGGCAAGCUGGAGGAGGAGGGCAGCAACGAGUCACAGGAAGUGUUAGAAGAUAUGCUAGUCAGGCACCUGACGAGGGAACACCUGGAGGUGCUCAAGGUGUCACUAGUGGAUGGCGGAGUGAGCCCGGAAGUGGUGACGGGUGCGGGCGACAUGGAGGACGACAGCCCGCCGCCCGCCAGCACGCAGCGCGCGCCCGAGCAGGUGUCCGAGCUCGGCGCCAUGGUGCUGGCCUCCCCCCGCGCCGGGCCCGCCGUGCUGCACACGGUGCUCCGCGCGCUAACGUGGCCGGACUCGACGUCGUCGCUGCGCGCCACGGCGCUGGCGUGGCCGGCGCUGCGCGCGGCGCUGGACGCGGGGCUGGUGGGCGACGCCGAGGCCAGCGGCGCGCUGGCCGCCGUGCUGCAGGCGCUGCGCGCGCACGGCCAGCACGACGCCAACCAGGCCGCGCUGCUGGCGCUCGCCGUGCAGGCGUACGAGACGCUGCGGCCGCGAUUCCCGCACGUGGCGGGCGUGCUGCGCGCCAUCCCCGACGUGGACGCGCACGACCUGCGCCGCCUCGACGAGAAGCUCGCACCCGGCAACGCCAAGCAGAACAAGAUCGACAAGACCAAGCGCGACCUCUUCAAGAAGAUCACGGCUAGGCUGAUCGGUCGCAACGUGGGGCAGCUGUUCAAGAAGGAGGUGUACAUCCUGGACCUGCCGCACAUGAGCAGCGCGCGCCGCGAGCCGCCGCGCAGCGCGCUGGACGCGCCGGGCGGCGCCGGCCUGCCCGGCCUGUUCGCGCCCGCGCCCGCGCCCACCUAGCGCCGCCGACCACCAUCCAUCCGGGAACCUUAAUACCAGCCGCCAACCAAACCGACGCCCGGGCGAGUUGCGCUAUCUCUCUCGCGAGACCUGCGACUGUGACUGUGUGAAUGAGAGGUUCUCCGACCCCGGUCGUCAGUUAGGUUUGCAGAUAUAGCUACCUCGGAGCGGCACAAUUUAUUUCGAUUUUCGGGGGUUCGCCGCGCGUAAUAUGGAUCUUAUGUUAUACUCGUAGCUUUUUCUGUAGUGACCGUCGACGCGUUAUAGAGAUGGUGAAACGCUAUCGGAAAGUUGUGAUACACUGUUGGCCGGCCCGACCAUUUGUACAUCUCUGAGGACUUUACUGGCUAGCGGACGGUAAUUAUUUUGAAAUUGAUUAGAUAAAUCCGGCUAUACGAUAGGAGCAUAUUCUAGGUAUGAAUUUCGUUAUACUUUGCUUGUGGUAUAAAAAUUCAACAAAACCUAGGUUUGUCACGUUUGAGGCUAGAAUCAUAAUUUUAUAUACCUAAUCAUAAACAUAUUCAAAGCCGUAGCGGUGGCACGCAAAUCAUUUACUUUAUUUCCCUGAAAGUAUGUCGCGUCGCUUAUGUGCCAUAAUAAAUAACGUUUGUUAGCAACGAUUGCGCGUUACGUAUACAAUACAAAAUGAGACGAAAUACCACAUAUUAUAUGCAUAAUGAAAAACAGUAUAUAACGCGUGAGUUGCCGGGGUGGACCAUAGGAACUUGUUUGUAAACUGACUGAUUGUAAAAAAAAGUGAUGUUCCUAAACAAUGACUGAUCGUGCUCACGUAAGGUGUAUUGUGAUUUUUAAUGCCACUUGUCAAUAGUUUUGCACAAGAGUGUCAAACUUUCAUCCUUACUUUCCUGCGAGCGAAAGAUGGAUACAGUUACUGUAUUGUAUUAUACUGUUUAUGUGUAAAAUGAAAAGACGCUUUAGACGUGUGACAAAUGGGUCACCUUAUAAUUUUAAUUUACUGAUGAUUAUUGAUGUAAAUAAAUAUAACUAUGAAUUUUGAAUCAGUAAUAAACAAAUCAAUUAUUUGAAUGUAACUUAGACUAUGAGGCAGACUUAAGCAGAGUGCUCAAUAAACUGUUUCCGAGUUGAUUGAGCAGAGUUAAUAAUGAACUAAACUGUAGACAAUGUACAUAUGCCAUGGGCCUGGGCCGUGUACAGAGGGCCGUGCGCCAGGGGAUUCAAGGUCUAUCUUAACCUCGUAGUAAGUAUAACCUCGAAGGGCCAAGGAAUAUCCAAAAUUUGAUAGUGAAAUUGGUUUAUUUUGUGAUGUUUGAAAAUGGAACAAUACAAAACAAAUCCAAUUCUGUUCCAAUAGGGAAUAUUACGCGAAACUAUGCAUAGGGGGCGCCACUACCACCACAAUCCAUCACAAUCUGGGGGUCUACCGCG